AUGGAAGAAGAAUCAGCCAGUAAUAAGAUACUCGAUGAGAAAAUCUAUGUUGCAGUUGGGAGAAACGUAUGGAAGAACAUAUCAAAUCUCUUGUGGACAUUUAAAAACUCCCAAGGAAGCAAAAUCUGCAUCCUUCAUAUUCACCAGCCAUCUCCAACGAUUCCUCUUUUGGGAACCAGAUUUGAAGCUUCAACAGUAGAUGAGGAAUCAUUGAGAGCAUACCGAGGCAAAGAAACAGCGAAAGUAGAUAAGAUUCUAGAAAAGUACCUUAGUAUUUGUCUGUAUAAAGGGGUUCAGGCAGAGAAGAUGUGUAUCGAGAUGGACUCAAUUGGUAAAGGGAUUGUGGAAACAAUAUACCAACAUAGGAUCAGGAAGCUUGUUAUGGGGGCUGCUGCAGAUAAACACUAUUCCAUAAAAAUGGAGGAUCUCAAGUCCAAGAAAGCCAACUUCGUCAACCAACAAGCGCCUGCUUCUUGUCAGAUACACUUCACCUGCAAAGGAAACCUUAUACAUACAAGGGAAGCUAGAGUGGAUGAAGUUCGAGCUCUCUCUGUUCUCCUGUCUGAGUUUCAGCGGCUUGUAUUGCCACAAAUAAGCUCUGGUUCACUUGAAGAGGCAGCAAGUUUGAAUGGAGAAAGUAACAGAACCUCCAUGGAUAUCAUCCCCUCUGAUACAUCGUCAAACUCUGGAAGAGCCGAGGUAACACCUAGCCAAGAUCAAGAGGAACCGAAUGACUCAUCUUCUCAAGUUUUCCCGCAGAAUGCAACUAGACGUGAUGAACUUCCUGAUCAAAUCCACCAUGCUAUGGCAGAAGCUGGCAAUCCAAAACCAUGAUCAUUCUGAGUGAUGCUCACCAACUGGAGAUAUUUUUUUCCCUGAGUUACAGAGGAAGAGGAAAGAGAGAGAGAGAGAGCGACUGAACUGGAAUGUAUAUGUAUCUAAAGAAGAGAACAAUUUAUGAGAGGUAGCUGUA